UUAUUAUUCUAUGGAAAAAUAUAAAAAAAAAAAUCAAAAAAUAUAUACAUCAUCUUCUCUGCAUUUCAAGCCUCAAACUGAUCUGUCUCUCCCUAGUCCAGUCCUUACACUUCCUAGGCAUGUUGUUCAUGAAAAGCAGGAGCAUUUUGAAAGGUUUUUAAGUGUACAGAUCAUAAUUCUUGUUCAUCAAUUUUGAAUUGAACUAGAAGUUCAUAAUUUUCCACAAAUGAGGAAACAAACCAGUAUAGCUCAAAACUAAGAUGAGAUAUAGCAUUAGUAGUAGGAGUAGUAGUAGUAGUAGUAUUACCAACAUUUCUAAGUUCUAACCAUGAUUGAAAAUUCAGUACUAUUCACUUUCUUUCUCUUGUUCCUCACCAUUUUUGGUUUCCCAAACACAACUUCAGCUCUGAACCAAGAAGGUCUCUCCUUACUCUCAUGGCUCUCAACUUUCAAUUCCACUUCCACCUCUGCCACUACAUUUUUCUCUUCAUGGAAUCCAACCCACCAAACUCCAUGCAAAUGGGAUUAUAUCAAGUGUUCAAGUAAUGGUUUUGUCUCAGAAAUCAAAAUCACCUCAAUCAACAUUCCCACCAACUUUCCAACUCAGCUCCUUUCCUUUAAUCAUCUUACUUCUCUUGUUCUCUCAAAUGCAAACCUUACUGGAAUCAUUCCACCUUCCAUUGGAAACUUGUCAUCACUUGUUAUCUUAGACCUCAGUUUCAAUGCUCUUACAGGAAAUAUUCCAGAAAGCAUUGGAAAAUUAUCGAAACUCCAGUUGCUGUCAUUGAAUUCAAACUCACUGCAUGAUGGAAUCCCUGAAGCCAUAGGUAACUGCACGAAACUUCGGAAACUUGAGCUGUUUGACAACCAGCUUUCUGGCAAGAUUCCAGCAGAGAUAGGCCAAUUAGAGGCCUUAGAAAUCUUUCGUGCUGGCGGGAACCCGGGUAUCCAUGGAGAAAUCCCAAUGAAGAUAUCUAAUUGUAAAGGCCUAAUUGUGCUGGGACUUGCUGAUACAGGUGUGUCAGGUCAGAUUCCAAGUAGCAUAGGAGAGCUUAAGAAUCUCCAGACACUUUCAGUGUACACUGCUAACUUAUCAGGUAAUAUCCCACCAGAGAUUGGCAACUGUUCAGCUUUAGAGAACUUGUUUUUGUAUGAGAACAAGCUCUCUGGUGAGAUUCCUAGUGAGUUUGGCCUCAUGAAAAGCCUCAAGAGACUCUUGAUAUGGCAUAACAAUCUCUCUGGAUUCAUUCCUGAUGCUCUAGGUAACUGCUCUGCUUUAAUUGUUAUAGACCUAUCAUUGAAUCUUUUGAGUGGUGAAAUUCCAGCCUCUCUUGUCAAUUUAGUUUCUCUGGAAGAGCUUCUCUUGUCUGACAACGAGAUUUCUGGAGAGAUACCGCGAUUUAUAGGCAAUAUCACAAGUUUGAGGCAACUUGAAUUAGACAAUAACAGACUAACAGGACACAUACCAUCCACCAUGGGAGAACUCAAGGAGCUUAAUCUGUUUUUUGCUUGGGAGAAUCAGCUUCAAGGCAGCAUACCCUCAGAGUUAGCUAACUGCAAAAAGCUACAAGCAUUGGAUCUUUCAGGGAACCAACUCACCGGGCCAGUUCCAAAGUCACUAUUUAAUCUCAAGAACUUAACUCAGUUGUUGUUAAUCUCAAAUAGGAUUUCAGGUCAGCUUCCAUCAAAUAUAGGGAACUGCCUCAGUUUAAUCCGUUUAAGGCUAGGAUCAAACAACUUCUCUGGACAAAUCCCAGCUGAAAUUGGAAACCUGCGCCGUCUGAGCUUCCUUGAACUGUCUAAAAACCGCUUCUCUGGAGAAAUUCCACAUGAAAUAGGUAACUGCACUCAGCUAGAAAUGGUUGACUUGCAUGCUAAUGAAAUUCAAGGAGUGAUUCCCUUAUCUUUUCAAUUCCUCUCUUCUCUUAAUGUUUUAGACCUUUCCAUGAACAAAAUAGUUGGUAACAUUCCCGAAAGUCUAGGCAAACUAACGUCCUUGUACAAAUUGAAGCUUAGUGGAAAUUGGAUUAGUGGCAGCAUUCCAAAAUCACUUGGACUCUGUGCAGAUUUACAACAGUUGGAUUUGAGCAGAAACAAACUUUCUGAUUCAAUCCCAGAUGAGAUUGGUCUAUUACAAGGCCUGGAUAAUCUCCUAAACUUGAGCUGGAAUUCUCUAAGUGGUUCAAUCCCAGAAAGCUUUACAAAUCUUUCAAAGCUUGCCAGCUUAGACCUUGCUCAUAAUCACUUGACUGGAAGCCUUAAAGUUUUGAGUACUCUAGACAAUCUUGUCUAUUUAGAUGUUUCAUAUAAUGAUCUUUCUGGUCCCAUUCCAAAUACCAAGUUCUUUAAAGAUCUUCCCAAUAGUUCAUUUGCUGGAAAUCGAAAUCUCUGCCUGAAGAGAAACGAGUGUCACAUUAGUGGUGAUAAUCAUGGAAAGAGAUCAACCAGAACUCUUGUUGUUUCUAUUCUUUUGAGCCUAACAGCUACUAUCUUGCUUGUCCUUGCUGCCAUAACUUCAUAUAUCAGAGUUUGUGGGAGUACAAGAAACGAUGAGGAAAACGGUUUAGAUUGGGAAUUCACUCCAUUUCAAAAGCUCAAUUUCUCUGUCACUGAUAUCCUUACCAAGCUAUCAGAAUCUAACAUUGUUGGGAAGGGUUGUUCUGGUGUGGUUUACCGCAUUGAGACUCCUUCAAAGCAGGUUAUUGCAGUGAAGAAGUUGUGGCCACCGGCAAGUAGCAAUAGCGAGGUUCCUGAGAGGGACUUGUUUUCUGCUGAAGUUCAAACUCUUGGUUCUAUAAGGCAUAAGAAUAUAGUAAGGCUUUUGGGGUGUUGCAGCAAUGGGAUAACUAGGAUGCUCUUGUUUGAUUACAUCAGUAAUGGAAGUUUGGCUGAUUUGCUUCAUGAAAAGAAGCUCUUCUUGGAUUGGGAUUCGCGGUACAAGAUAGUACUUGGAGCAGCUCAUGGCUUAGCUUAUCUUCACCAUGAUUGUAUUCCUCCUAUCGUUCACCGUGACAUUAAGUCUAACAACAUCUUGGUAGGACCACAGUUUGAAGCUGUUCUAGCAGAUUUUGGCCUCGCAAAGCAUGUUAACUCCACCGAAAGUUUAAGAAAUUCAAGAACAGUUGCAGGUUCUUAUGGCUACAUUGCACCAGAAUAUGGUUACAGCUUUAAGAUCACAGAGAAAAGUGAUGUGUAUAGCUAUGGAGUUGUGGUACUAGAGGUCUUAACUGGAAAACAACCAACAGAUAGUAGAUUCCCGGAGGGAUCCCAUAUCGUAAGUUGGGUUAACAAAGAGGUUCGAGAGAGAAGAAGAGAGAUAACAUCAGUCCUCGACCAACAACUAAUUCUCCGAUGUGGGACUCAAAUCCAAGAGAUGCUUCAAGUGUUGGGAGUGGCUCUCCUCUGUGUGAAUCCUUCACCAGAGGAAAGACCAGCCAUGAAAGAUGUUACAUUAAUGCUCAAAGAAAUAAGACAUGAAAAUGAGGAAAACCAUUGUCAAAAACCAAGUCUUCUUGGCAAUCAAACAGUAAAAAGCCCCCAACAACAAGCAACAACAGCAGCAACACUUCAUUGCUCUAGUUUUUCUAAGUCACAUUAAUAUUUAAUACCCUCUUUUAUGUUCAUUAAAAUUGUAUUUUGUUAUAUAAUUUUGUAUAGACUAAUAGGACCCUUGUAAUUGGCUAUUACAAAUCAUCAUCUCCUCUCUCUUAUUUAUUUAUUUUUUUUCACUGUUGUUAUUCAUCCCUUGCUUUGUCCCAAAA